ACGAACACAAACACAUACACAAACAAAACAAAAAAAACAGAGCAGCCAUACCAAAACACACGGAGACGGGCAACCCUCCAAAGUGCAUUUAACUCAUUUAUGUCGUCAAAAAGCAAAAGACUCAUAUACCAAAAUUCCAAAACCCUCCAAAGUUGAAUGGAGAAGUAUUGGUAGCAACCAUAGGCAAAGAAAAAAAAAAUCUCACAUACCCAUCUCUCUCAAUGACCCAAAAAUCCUCGUCUCAUUCUCAGUCUCUGAAGAAGAAGAGCUAUGCUGAUGCUGGGAUAUCUGGAGACGUGUACAGUAUGGUAAUGAUGCUUCCCAAAGAGCUUGAAAUGGAGAAAGACACCAAUUUCGACCUCAAAUUUCACGUUCCUGACCUUGGUCGUGCCUGCAAGGUUUUCUUCAGGACUAGAGAAGUUGGUGAGUUUCUUAGUGGGGCUUUAGCAGGGGCUAUGACCAAGGCUGUACUUGCUCCUCUUGAGACCAUUCGGACGAGAAUGGUGGUUGGUGUUGGAUCCAAAAACAUUGCGGGUAGUUUCUUGGAGGUGAUUGAGAAGCAGGGUUGGCAAGGAUUAUGGGCUGGCAAUGCAAUCAAUAUGCUCCGUAUAAUCCCUACCCAGGCAAUUGAGCUUGGAACAUUUGAGUGUGUAAAACGAUCAAUGACAUCAGCACAGGAGAAAUGGAAUCAGGAAGAAUGCCCAAGAUUGCAAAUUGGUCGUUUCAAUUUGAAGUUUUCUCUCUCCUGGAUUUCUCCAAUUGCUGUGGCUGGUGCAGCUGCUGGAAUUUUUAGCACACUUGCUUGCCAUCCCCUUGAAGUUUUGAAGGAUCGCUUGACUGUCAGUCCUGAGGCAUACCCUAGUUUAAGCGUUGCAAUUAGCAAAAUUUAUAAGGAUGGUGGGAUUGGUGCCUUUUAUGCUGGUAUCUCACCUACUUUGAUUGGAAUGCUGCCAUACAGUACUUGCUACUAUUUCAUGUAUGAGACAUUGAAGACAUCUUACUGCCAAUCAAAAAAUAAAAAGUCUUUGAACCGUCCUGAGAUGCUCCUGCUUGGAGCUUUUGCAGGUUUUACUGCUAGCACAAUUAGCUUUCCAUUGGAGGUGGCCAGGAAACGACUAAUGGUGGGAGCUCUACAGGGUAAGUGCCCACCCCACAUGGCAGCAGCACUUUCAGAAGUCAUCCGUGAACGAGGUCUGUUGGGACUCUACAGGGGGUGGGGUGCUAGUUGUUUAAAGGUCAUGCCAUCGUCCGGCAUCACCUGGAUGUUUUAUGAAGCUUGGAAAGACAUAUUGCUUGUUGGAAGAGGUCAUCUAUGACAUACAUCUAGCAAUAACCCACAUAAGUUCAUGGUUAUGUUGGGAUCAUUUAUUUAAGAAUUACAAGGUGGAAGGAGUAGACUAGCAUGCUAAAGUCGCUUCGUGGUUUUGACAGUCCUGAGAUAUAACUUUUGCCUUCCUAAGGCUGGGGAAGUUCAUGGUUUUCGGGAAGGGCUUCCCCGUGUUUCUACACCAUCGUUACUUCUGACAGGGAAAAAAAAAAAAAAAGAGAGAGAGAAAAGAAAAGAAGGUGAGCUUCAAUUUUGGUGCCCAUGGGAUCAAAAGUACUAAUAGGUUUUUUUGUAUGAGUAUAAAAGGAUGAUUUACCAUAUUUGUUGGAUUUUUCUC